AACUCUUAAAAAGAGUUAGAUUGUUAUUUACAGCUAUUAUUUAAAAUCUAAUAUAAAAUCUAGAAUAUUUAAUAUAAAGUAGAAUAAAUUGUGCAAAAAUGAUAAGCAAGUCUGUGAGUAUGCAAUCUUCAAUCAAUAAAUCUUAUGCUUCUUAUUAAAAAAAUUAAGUGUUAACUAAAAAGAUGUCAAUGUACUAAAUAUAAAUGAAAUAGCAUUAUGAAGAGUUAGAAAAAAGAGCUUAAGAGAAUUAUAAAAAAGAUAGAGAAAUCGUAGACCAUUUAAAUGAUUGGAAAUAUUGUGAUCCAGAUAAUAAUCAAGAUGAGCUACCUAUGCCCUAUAGAUAUAUUGACGAGUUUAUUAAAGAUGAUAUUAUUAAACAAGUUCUUGUCAAAGUAGGAGAAAUUGAAAAAUAAAAGUUGGAUCCAAGUUAUGAUGGGUAGCUAAAAGCAAUUACACCAUCAGGAGAUAUAGAGUCUCUCAAAUCUGCCACUUUUAUUUCUGAGCCCAAAGGAAAUCCAUCAAAGCACAUAAUUAUAGGAGAUAAAUUUGGAAAUAUUUUCAUAUUUGAUUAAACCAAAAAGCAAAUAGUUUCUAAAUUCGAUUAGUUACCAAAAAAGAGAGUGAUACACAUCUCAAGUGUUCAUACAAAAUUAAUUGAAUCUCAUGUAGUUACUAUUGCAGUAGUCUAAAGGGCAGCGAAUAAAGUUUCAAUUCUUAGAUAUAUUGAUGGAGAAAAUACUUUAUAAUUAUAAUCUGUAGUAACUGUGUCUUAACAAUCUCAAACUAGUGGUUAAAAUGCUUCUUCUUAUGUAUAUGAGUCUGUAAUAAGUUUAAAUUCUACAUAUUUGGCUUUGCUUCAUUACAAUGGUAAUGUGUCAAUUUAUAAAAUUACAGAACCUCCUUUAGAAAAAAGAGAGGCUAUUAUAGAUGAAGAUUAGUCAUAUUUUUAAAGAGCGGAUGAUACUAUUUAAAGUUAGACUUCCUUAAGUAGAAACUAAUCACCAAGAUAUGAAAGGAAUAGCACACCAUAUAAAUUACCUGUUUUUAAUGCUAAAGAAUUACCAGACUUAAAACAACAUUAUCUGAUAGAAUUUAAAGGUAAGAAGAGAGAGAAAAAAUAUGAUGAAAUUAUGAAAGAAAUAUAAAAAGAUAAUGACGUUUUGAGAUCAUCACUUCUAGGAAUAUCUGUUGAAGAGAUGUAUGCCUAGAUUGCUAGCAAGCAGGCAAAUUCUUAAUAACAAUAAUAACAGUAGUCACAACCCCCUGCUGCUGCUGCUCCAAAUAACUAGAAAAAAGAUGCAAAGAAACCUCUGAGCAAAGAGGAAAUUAAAAAAGAAGAAGCUGCCAAAAUUGCAUAGCAACAGCAGUAGCAAUUACAGAAACCACCAGAUUUUUUAAAAAAUAAAGAAGUAAUUUUUGGAUAAGAUAACUUUGAUCAAUAAUACGGCGAUAUUUCAGAUGAUGUCAAUAAACCUUUUUAUCAACCAAAAAUAGUAUUUUUAAAAGAAAAAGUCACCUUUUCAAAUAAGGAUAAAUAAUUUAAUAAACCCUUCACACAAGAAAUAGUAACUGGUCUUAUAGUAACUUGGUACAACUCUAAAAAUUUCUAAUAUCAUGUAUUAAAUGAAACAACAUUUCAAAAUUUACCAGUUUAGCAAUAAUAUAAGUAUACUCAAAGUGAAAUUCGAUAACCAUCAUAACCUAGCUCUUUUAAACCUCACAUGACAAAUAACUACACAUUGAUUUAUGCAAUAACAUGUAUGGAUUUAUGUGAAAGUUAGAAAUAUACUGGCUUCGGAAUGAAAGAUGGCAAUAUAAUCAUUUGGGAUAAUGAAUUUUAAGUGGAAUCAAAAAGUUUAUAAAAUCAUAGUUCUAGCAUAACUUGCUUAGCUUUCUUUCAUGAAAAAUACUUAGUUUCAGGAUGCAAUAAUGGAUAUGUUUUGAUACAAUCUUUGGAAAAAGAAAAUUAAUAUUAAAUUUUAUCUAACACUUAUAAGGUACAAAAACAAAAUCCAAUUUUAAGCAUAUAAGUUAAUAAAUAUGGAUUAGUUUUAGCAAUAGAUUCUAAAAAAAAUGUAAGAAUGUACAAUAUACAUCUUAAAAAAAAAAUAGCAGCUUUACACCCUAAAAUUUCUUAUGAUAAAUUAGAUAGCAUUGAUGAGCAAAAUUAAAAUUAGUUAACUUGGUCUAUUAGUCCCUAUUUAAUUUUUCAUCUAUCGAAAGAUGGAGAUUAAAUUUAUAUUUUAAACGAAGAAGUAAAUUUACUUAAAUUAGAAAAUUUAGCUGAGAAAGAGAAAGAGUAAGUUUAAAAAAGCUAAAAAAAGGACGGAAAUAUUCAGAUAUUUAAAUUAGCUGAUAGCCUUUCUAAUGUUUAUGAAGGCGUAAGAAAUCUCUACAGAAACGGAGUUGAUAAAGAUAAAAUACUCUUUUAAUUUACAUAAAUGACAUAAGCUGAUUUAGAAAAUAAAGAAUAUUCAAUUGCAGGCUAAUAGUCAGUUUUAUAAAACCAAACGGUUGGAAGUUUAAAUAAAAAAUCGAUUCUUCUUCCGAGGUUUUCAAUUCACAAAAAGGCUACUACAACAUUAAAUUAAAGUUCUGUUUCUUAAACUAAUUUAAAGAUUUUACAAUAAAAUAUCAGCAGUAAUUUUAGUAGAGAUUUAAGUUCUUUAAAAACUCCUUUCCUUCCUAAUUUAAAUAAACUUAAAGAUUAACUUUCUAGCCCUAAAAGCGAUUAUUCUUCCAUAAACUCUGCUAGAAAAUCGAUAAACUUUAAAAUUACAUCUCAGCCUCAAGGACUCACUGAAUAAAAACUUCAUCCUGAAAAAUACUUAUGGAAAUCUUAAUAUACAGAAUCUUCAAGUUAUGACCCUAUAAACAACACCUUAAUUUAAGCAAGAGAAAGAGUUUCUAGAUAGCAUCUUUUAGAGGAAUCAUUAAAUAAAUCUAUUAUAGUUUUAGAGAAAAAUCUUAAAGCUAAAGAGGAUGAAAAAUAAGCCCGUAUUGAGUUAGAAAAAAAAAGACUUUUACAGCAAAGUAUAGACGAGAUAAAAUAAAAAAAAAAACAACAAACCACAAAAAAAAAUUGAAACUAACUAAAAAGCUACAAAAUAUAAUGUAAAUUUCAAUUUAUUAAAAUAAAUAAAACAUAAAUUAAAAAGUAAAUUAUUAUUAAAUAUCAUUAAUUGUUGUAUUUAAUAUUAAUAAAUUAUUUUUAAUUUAUCAAAUUUAAUUAAAUUUCAGAUUUUAUUGUCAAAUUUUAUGUUAAAAAAUA